AUGAGGGGGGACCCUUAUGAAAUUUUUGAUAUCAGUGGAAAAUUUUUAGUUAAUUUUUUCUGAACUAAAUUUUUUUUUAAUUUUUGUUGUUUUCAAGCACAAAUCACAUUUCCGACUCAGCGUGAUUUUUGUUUGUUUUUUACGACUUCUAAUAAAAGCGAGAAAGAAUUUCAAAAGAAGCUCCAAACUCAGAUGGCAACGACACUCCGAACUAACGGUAGCGCGCACUCUUUACCGUAAAUUCUCCUCAUUUUCGAAAUUAUUUUUCCACCAUUUAUUUUUCUUUUUCUUCGAUUUUUCUUUGUUUUCUUCAUCAAUUCUUUGAUUUUUCGGCAAAAAUAAUUAUUUUCCGUAUAUUUAUUGGUGUUUCAGCAUUUUCGACGUUGACACGAACGAUUGGGAUUGCACGGAAAUGGCUGGAGGAGAGAAAGGAGAGAAAUGCGAUUUCAACUGGUUGGAAUGACGUCGAUGAUGAUCACAGUGUAUGUUCAUAAUAAAAUAUUUCAAUGUAAUGUAAAUUUUAAACAUUUUAGAAAAUACGAGGAAAUCUUCCCACCAAUAGUUCGAAUUUGUCGUCGCUAAGCCCACACCUUCUUGGCUCGGAUCAUGCUUUGCAGAGAGAAUUAACCUUACAAAGUGAGUUUUAAAAUCAAUUUUUAGCUCCUUUGGAAAAAACGAGCGGUUCCUCUCAACUUUAACGUUAAUUUUUUACAGAAAGAUGCGGAAUGAUGUCAAACUCCUCGAGCUGUCGCCGACAGAUGCUCAUUUUCUACGUUACCGCCCAUCUGAUGCUGCUCAGAAUCACAGAAUAAACAAUUCGAUCAAGUGGCUGCUAAUGAUGGAUCCAAGAAAUCGGGAAUCGAGACGAGGCUUACACUAAGCCGAAAUAUUAAAUAAUAUUUAUGUUUUUUUUUCCGUUUUUUCAAAUUUAUUUUUUCAUUCUUCAUGUACAAUAAACGAAAUUUUUGGCAAUUUUUCUCUUUUUGUAUUAACAUUUAAUAACAAAAAGCAGUAUUCCCGGUAUAUAAGGGCCUAA